AUGGCUUCCAGAUACCUAGAGACAAUCCUGCUUCUCUGCUGCAUUGUGACCAUGUUUAGUUCAACCUCAGCAGCUUAUGGUCCUCGGAAACUUUACUGUUGUGUGGAGUUCCAGGAGAAGCCUGUACCCUACAAGCAGAUAAUAGGCUAUACAGAACAAAGUUACAAGGAGGUGUGCAACAAUGACGCUAUCAUCUUCUAUACCAUGAAGAACAAGAAGGUAUGCGCCAGCAUUAAGGACGAGUGGGUGAGGACGGCUCUGGUUCGUCUCAGCUCCAAACUGAAGAAGAUAUCCACAGCAACACUGUGA